CUCAUUGUCCGCGGGGGCCACUGUAGAGACGCCAAUGCGCUUGUAUCUGGACAAUAGUGCACCCAAGUAAGUUGGUCUGUUCGGGGCUGUUCUGUGUAAUGAGACCACCACGCAUGAUCAAGGACAACUUUGCUCCAGGAAACUCUAGACGUCAUUAGUCAGUGUCACGGCUAUAUGAUUUAUCCAACAAGCCAGAGAUCGGUGUGGAUCGUUGGCAGUUUAUGAUUUCUCUUCUUCUUGGGGCUUUUAGUAUAAGCAGUAGUUGUGUAGUGACAAAAAAGAUGUCUUUGUGGAUGAUGAGAUGUGGACUUAACAAGACAGAUGAGCUGCGAAGAAUGUGUGAUUGAUUAGGUGUUGUUGUACAACUUGGAGAAGUAAAAGAGGCAGGCAAAAUGUGAUCUUUACUUUGCCCAAGGAUACCUAAACAGAUAUGACUACAUCCGUCGUUGUCGUCCUGAGUUUGCUGCUCUUCAACAUAGGAGAGUACCAAACCCUGGACGAAAAGAGGUCCAAGAGUCUGACCACCGUUCUACAGACGCUCAUCGACAAAGACAGCAAAGUACCACCAACCUUUGACGAUGAGAUACCAACGGAGGUUGAGUGCCAAAUAUAUGUCGACAGUUUCGACUCCAUUAAUGAAGCUUCUAUGGACUACACUGUCAGUCUCCUUCUGCAUAUGGAAUGGUCAGUCCCAUAUAUCAAAUACCAUUAUGACGUACCGUACUUCGAGGUAGACGCCAAGAACAGAGAGAAGAUAUGGGUUCCAGAUCUGUACUUCCCCAAUGAAAAGAAGGCGUCCUUCCACAACAUCAUGAUGCCCAACAAGAUGAUGAGGAUCCACAAAGAACACAAACUAUCCUACGAAGCAAGACUUUCACUUACGUUGAGUUGCCCUAUGGAUCUCCGGAGCUACCCGUUUGACAGGCAAAUAUGUGCAAUACAAAUGGAGAGCUUUGGAUUCGAUGCUGAUAAGGUAUUGCUGACGUGGAGGAAUUCCACCCCUGUGGACGUCAACACUGAAAUAAUAUUGCCACAGUUUGAAGUGGUUGAGACAGACUAUGGAGACUGUCCUCAAACUCGACGUAGAAUGGGUAACCAAAGCUGUCUCCAAGCAGCCUUCCAUCUGGAGCGCAACAUCCAAUACUACAUCGUGCAGAUGUACAUCCCCAGUAUACUGAUUGUCAUUGUCUCCUGGAUCUCCUUUUGGCUCACUGUGACGUCAGUGGCAGGGCGUAUCUCAUUGGGUGUUUUGACUGUCCUUACCAUGACAACACAGAGUUCAGGGGUCAAUGCCUCCCUUCCACGUGUGUCCUACACGAAGGCCAUUGACAUAUGGAUGUCCACGUGCUUGUUGUUUGUAUUUGCAGCCCUAAUUGAGUUCGCCGUGGUCAACGUUCUCAGUCGCAGUCAGCGACUGAACGGACCAAGAUGUCAGAAGCAAGACACUACUGAGAAUGGAAAUGUAUAUAGAGAAACUUUCGUCACCCUGGAGGGCGAAGUGCAAGUUGAAGGAAAACCUACACAUAGACCAGGACGCAUUACUGGUAUAUCGUGCGCCAUGUUUCUAGAUAACAUGUCGCGCCUUGGCUUUCCCCUGGCGUUCCUAUCAUUUAACGCCUUCUACUGGAUGUACUAUUUGUCCAGUGGGCAAAACAAAACUCAGUCAACAACCAGACAAGCAGAAGGUUCCUUAAUUUAGCAGGAUUGCUAGGAGGAGGACAUGCUCGUGCGCUCAACUUUAAACAUUUCUGGAUAGUAUAUGAAAUGUUUCUACGAAUUACUUUUGUGUCAAAAAGCAAGUAAUACCAUCAGUCAAAUAAAAGGUGAUUUAAUGUAUCACGAUUUCAAGGAUGCCGACAUACCAAUAUUUGUUUCUCGAAAGAAUAGGCAAUGUUUCUUGUUUCAUUAGGGGGAGACACUUAACUGUCAACCAGAGAAAUGGUUCCUUAAUCUUGCAAGAAAGGGUGGACAUGGACGUAUCUGGUGUGUUUAAAUUUGACAUAAUUCUCUAUAGACGCGAACGAUCCAUAACCAUGUUGUUUCAGCUUGUGGUAGAUUGCAUCGGGAAACGGAUGUUUGGUAGAAUUGUCAAUAUUCAAAUUGUCAACUUGCAAUACAGCACAACGAUCAAAGUGAAAAGGCAAAAGGAGUCUGUUGGCAAAUCUCCAGGAAGAUCCCAGAAGCAAUAGCAUGUCUCCUUGGCUCAGCACAUACGAACACCAGUUGGAUACUUGUGAAGACAGGAACCAUGCCAAUGAGGAGAUUACUGUAACCACUGCGAAUAACAUUCGUCAUUAUGAUGAUAAUGUUAAUGUGUGUAAAUGUAUUUGUCGGUGGAUGAAGAUGCUACGAAACAGAUGCUUCGUAUAACUGAUGUUUCUAUGUAUAGCUUCAGGUCUUCUGACCCAUGUUAUCAUAUGAACGUAGUGUGUGCACCUGUUCACCAGUGAUUUUGGUAGAUACACAUGUAAGUCUCUGAGACAUGUGUUAUCUUCAAUGCAUACUAAUGUAUGUAUGCUGUUGAACAUCUUCGUAGGAUAAACGUGUUAUAUUUCCUGUCUCCAUACUCAUAUGAAUUGUACUGAUACCGGUAAAUUACCCUUUGGGGUACGGUGACUUGUGAACGUAUUUUCAGUAAUCUCACAGGUCGUCAUACUUUUUGCUUCAUUAAAACUGGCCAGUUUGUGACAAUUACUGUACCAUUGUCUUCAUUGCCUCCGAUGAUGACUAUAGCAAUCUGAUAUCAUUUGAAUGCAUUGUAAUAAAUACUUGUAGAUGAUGUCAGUCAUUUUUCAGGAGGCUUUAUGUGAUAUCUUUCCAACAAUAGACAACCAACCUGAGCUAAUGUGUCAGCUUGAAAAAAGACACCAACAUUUCUGUACAAAUUUCUCAGAAGAAAGAUAAUCAAUAUUUCAUGGCAGCCAGUACGCUGUUCCUUACAUCAUGUUCUAAACAUGACUGAAAUUCUUUUUUGGUGGUAGAUUAACAGAUCUGCCAAUUUUGCAAUAUAUUCCCCGUUCUGCGCAAAUUGUGUUAUUCUCUUACAUGAUAAAUCAUUUGUAACGUUUACAUUUUGGGGAUUUUAUGCGAUGGCCGCUGUAUUUUCUUUAGGCAAUUAAAAAGCGGAUCUGCACACUCGAAUAUGUAUAGGGUCUAACUUACUAAACAAAUCGAUUGCAACAGCCUUAAAAAAAUA